UACUACAUAACUUCAUGACUCAUGUCAGGAAACCAAUCUAAAAAUAGAAAGGCAAAACCCAUUUGAUACUAUUUUUAAAUAAGCUUGGCGUAGGAGAAGGGAAAUUGUGAAGUUAUAUGCCUAUCGAUCACCAUGGGGGAUAAAUAUUGCCGUCUUGCAACCUUGUUGGUUGAAAUUUGUCCUCAACCAUUAAGAAAACUUUUUCUGAAGUACAUGUAUGCGGACACCAAAUUUCACAUUUCUUCUCUUGGUGCUUACUUGCUUGCCAGACAGAAAGAAUUACUUCCUUUGAAGUCAAAGAAGGUAAUUAAUCAAGAGGAAUGGGAUUUGCUUUUUCCAAAAUUAGGUCAGGCAGAUGAAACUACAUGGGACACAACUAUCUUGGCACUAUUGAUAACCAAGUUGUUUCAAAAGCAACUUAAACAAAGUGAACGUGAUGCAAUUGAAGAAAUUCGUUACAUUAGAAAUCAGCUCCACCACAAAGCAGAUUUAUCAGUGUCUGACGCAGACUUUGAUGACUUAUGGAAAAGGCUUGAAACAGCAACUAUACUGUUGGCAAAACAGAUAACACCAAUUCCGCAAUACGCAGUUGACAUCAAAGCAAGUAUUGAUGAUGCAAUGGUAAAUAACUUACCAAAAUUGGGAGACACCCUACGAUCAUGGAUUCCAGGUAUCGUAAAAAGUUUAAACUUACAAAUUAGCAACUUGGAAGACAAUAUGAGAAGACUCAAAGAAAUCACAGAAGAAAAUUUAAAAUGUUCCAAAGAAAGUCAAACAAUAUUGGAAGAUUCGUCCGUAGAAAAGAUUGGAUCAUCAGGCAGAACGGCGAAGCGGCUGAAGACAUGUGAUAACAUACUCAUAAGUCUCAUUCGAAUGUUCAAGACAACACUUUAUGAGAAACUACCAACAGAUUUUGAAACACCACCUGAAGUACAAAGCAUCAAGGCUAAACUACUUCAAAAUGGCCACGUUGUUGUAACUGGACUCCAAGGGAGUCGUGUCCUCGAGACAGCCCUCGCUACCGUCAGGGAUCUUCCUUAUAACCAUGAACGAUGUGUUGAAAUUAAGGCAGCAUCUGACUGGAGACAUGUAGAUCGAGAAGAAGUUGAUUUAGUGCUAUGCACUUAUCCGUUUGGUGAUUUCCAUCUAGACUAUAAGAAGGCAGCGGACAUGAAUGAGAUUCUUAAUAGCAUGUAUCAGGCAACCAAACCUUCUGCUGGGAAACAACCGUUGUACAUAGUAAUUGUUUCAGAUGUAGAUGUUUUUCAAAAAUUUACAACAAAAUUUCAGCACAAAAUACUAGCUGAAGUUGUGAGCGUUUGUCCAACUACCAGCGUAGAAGCCCCCGUUGAUUUGACAUAUCCAAACACAAAUACAGAACUUGACAUAAAUCCUUGCAACCAAAAUCUCCUUGAAGCUUUUAUACUUGAGAGAGUUUCAAGAAUAUUUAAAUAACUAAAUCACAGUGGCAUACUCCUGUGGCGUGGGGGAUUUUUAUACUCCCCGAAGUGAGACUAUAUUAUUGCUGCCUUGUCUGUUCGACCGUUCGUCACAUUCUUGUCCGGAGAAUAACUUAAAAAGUAUGUGACGAAUUUGAUUUAAACUUCACAAAGUGACAGCGAUCAUUGAGAGGAAGUACAUUUAAUAUAUUAACAAAUGUGCAGGUUCAAGGAGCAUCCGUUUCCUAAAGCAAUUUCUUGUUGUGUAUAGUAUAUUAUCAAAAUUAUAUAUUUGACGUAAGAGUUAAGGAUAUUAAAAUAUCAAGGCCAUACUUGAAUUUCAAGCAUGUGUUGUCUUUCUAGAGUUGUUUUUUCAAAUAAUGAGUCAAAUCUGUACAUCAAUAACAAAGUUAUGACAUUUUUCGGUCAAAUAGUGUCGCCGUGAAAAUGCGGAUAGUAAUGCUCAAGUUACAUGGAAACGUAACAUCUUUAAAAUUAUUGAUUCGCGUAUUAAUUUUUAUCGCGGAAAUGAGCAUCUUCUGCCACCUUAACCAUGACUUACUUUAAGACUUCUGAAAAAGGAUAUUCUAGUUU